AUGAUGUCACGCUUUGGUGUGUGGGGAAACUCUCUCCUACAAAAACUAUUAUCCUCAAAGAAUAUCUCCACCGUCCCAUCUUUUGUUAGUCUGCCACGAGACACACUUAUCGAGGAAGAGACUCUGCCUUACUAUAAACCUGAGCAGUACUAUGCGGUCAACAUUGGGGACGUAUAUAAUGCCAGAUAUCACAUCGCCGGAAAACUUGGUUAUGGGGCUUAUUCAACGAAUUGGCUUUGUCAGGACCUCCAGGACAAUAAAUAUAGGGUAUCGAAAGUGUCCACAAUGAUACCAGAAUUUUCUACGGCAACUGAACGCGAGUUGAAGAUUUACGAGCACCUGUCCCAGGUCGAUUCUACUCAUCCGGGUCAGUCGCUGAUUCGCGAGCUCUAUGAUUCGUUUGACCUCCAAGGGUCUGCAGGGAAACAUCACUGCCUAAUACUGCAAUCAAUGCACAUGACACUUCUUGAAAUGAUGAGAUUAAAUCCAAGGCCGUUUGAUCUGCCCCUGCUCAAAUUGACUCUUAAACGACUUCUUUUGGCUCUUGACUUUUUGCAUAAUGAAGCUGGGAUAAUCCAUACUGAAUCCAUUGCUAACCGCGGAUUUCUAGACCUAAAAACGGACAAUUUGAUGCUCACUUUGGAAGACGACACCAUGUUGGCGGACUUCGCAAAAGCAGAAGCCAAGGAUCCUAGCCCUCGGAAGCAAGUUGACCAGUCACGUACCAUUUACAGGAGCCGGAGAUUUCGCCGGCCUCUUAAGGGCAAUAACUACGGACUUCCCAUUCUCUGUGAUUUUGGGGAGGCACGAAUUGGUAGGACACAGGAGUCCGGCCCGUUUGUCCAACCCCAUAUCUACCGGGCGCCAGAGAUUAUCUUCGAAAUGCCUUGGGGAAGUGCCGUCGAUAUCUGGAACGUUUGGGACCUCUUUGAAGGCGAGCACUUGUUUGGAGACAUCUUCGAUACCAAAGGCUCCCACGACCCUUUCAAACACCUAGCGCGUAUGGUUGCUCUAAUAGGGCCACCACCGAGCGGCUUUGUGAACCGUAGUGAGACAACAUACCAAUGUUUUGACUCAAAUGGCGCUUGGAUUGCCCACAAGGAUACAGCCAUACCCGCAAUCUCCCUGGAGAGCAUAGAGAAGCGACUCUCUGGACAAGAAAAAGAAUCAUUUAUUCAAUUCCUCAAAUCCAUGCUCAAGUGGCUGCCAGAGGAACGCAAAACAGCAGCCCAAUUACUUGAAGACCCAUGGUUGCUCUGA